UAUUGGCAGGGAAUGGCUGCUUAUGAAGAGAAACUCCUUUGUUUACAUCUUCAAAAUGGUCCAAUUGAUCGUUGUUGCAUUGAUCGCAAUGACCGUCUUCCUUCUUACUAAGAUGUCCCACAACGAUCUUCCCGAUGGAAACAUUUUCAUGAGUGCUCUAUUUUUUGCACUAGUCACUCUCAUGUUUAAUGGGUUAGCGGAACUUUCAAUGACCAUCGCUAAGCUUCCCGUUUUCUGCAAGCAAAGAGACCUCCUCUUCUAUCCUCCAUGGGCAUACGCUCUGCCAUCGUGGAUUCUCAAGAUUCCGAUAACGUUUGCAGAAGUUGCUGUAUGGAUUGCCUUGACUUAUUACGUCAUUGGCUUCGAUCCGAAUGUUGGAAGGAUGUUUAAACAAUAUCUGCUACUCGUGUUGAUUAGCCAGAUGGCAUCUACAUUGUUCCAGUUGAUUGCUUCAUUGGCUCGGGACAUGAUCAUUGCCAAUACGUUCGGGGCCUUGGCGCAACUCGUAAUCAUGUUGCUUGGAGGAUUCAUUCUAGCAUGAAGUAUGGUGUACUUGAUCACUGUUAAUUGCAAUUGAAUGCCAAGCUUUCAUUUUCGGAUUAAGAGU